GCUUCGAAACUCCCUUACGCUCUCGGACUUUGCUGCUUCGGUUUUUGGUUCUUUUCGAACUUCGUUUCAAUUCAUCUUCAGAGAAAAAGAACCAAAUCUCUGCAACCAUGCUGGUUUACCAGGAUCUUCUCACAGGUGACGAGCUUCUCUCCGAUUCUUUCCCUUACAAGGAAAUUGAGAAUGGAAUUCUGUGGGAAGUGGAAGGAAAGUGGGUUGUUCAAGGAGCAGUCGAUGUAAACAUUGGAGCAAACCCUUCUGCUGAAGGUGGAGAUGAGGAUGAAGGUGUUGAUGACCAAACUGUCAAGGUUGUUGACAUCGUUGAUACCUUUAGGCUUCAGGAACAACCUACUUUUGACAAGAAGCAGUUUGUCACAUACAUGAAGAGAUACAUCAAGAGUCUGGCAGCCAAAUUGGAUCCAGAGCAGCAAGUGGUGUUUAAGAAGCACAUUGAGGGAGCUACCAAGUACCUCCUUUCAAAGCUCAGCGACCUUCAAUUUUUUAUUGGUGAAAGCUUGCAUGAAGAUUGCUGUUUGGUCUUUGCAUAUUACAAGGAAGGUGCCACUGAUCCUACCUUUAUCUACCUUGCCCAUGGGUUGAAGGAAGUCAAGUGUUAAACAUUGGUCUUCCGAAACAAGCUAUGAGGGUUGUUGUUUUCUUUAGUUUUGGUUUUAAUUUAUCUAGUCUUUUUUUUUUUCUACAUUUCCUUUGGUACCAUUGGGGUAUAAUGGUAUAACUAAGAGUUUUGGUUUUUUAAAUGUUAUUAUUACCCGCUGGUGACAUUGUGAGGAUUUAUAUAUAAAUCGUGUGUUCUGGAAAUUUGU